CAUUUUUUAACCACAACAAAAAAUUUUAAUUAAAUAUUUUAAAAAAUGAUAACGAAUUAAUUAAAAAUAAUGGAAGUAAAAUUAAAGUGGCAAGAACGUCUUUUUGGUAAAACGAUAAUAAAAUGUGCGAGUUUGAGCGAAACGAAAGAACAAGAAUUGGUCCCCACGUUCGAGACGUUAAAAAAAAGCGAGAUUUUGGGGGUUUACUUCUCGUUCGCGAACGUGCACGGUGAUGAAGUCGUGAAGCGUUUGCGAGAUCUUUACGAACGUAUCAAUAUCGGAAAAUCGUUUAAUUUUCAAGUCGUCCAAGUGGUUCUUUGGGCGCACAACGAUUUUUACGAGGACAUCGAGAACAGCCAUCGCGAGAGUUUGUUGAAUUUGCCGUGGUUCGCGGUCCCCUUCACCGAAAUCCACUUAAAAACGAAAUUAUCGCGGAGAUACCGUAUUAAAUCGGGGGUGCCAACCUUGGUUUUACUCGACAAAGACGGCUGUGUUAUCAGUGCUGCCGCCCAAGAAAGACUCGGUGAAGACCCUACGGGGGCUUUGUUCCCAUGGAGACCGCGACCGGUUGAGGAAGUACUAAAAGACGUCGUUUUAAAACCGGGGGGGAUGUACAAAAAGGAACAUAAUAUGAAAUGGGACGAAAAGAAUUACUCCGAUUUUCAAAUGAGUGUGAAAGGAUUUUAUUUUUCAGCGCAUUGGUGUCCACCCUGUAAAGCGUUCACCCCGCAAUUAGCGUCCGUAUACAACGCGAUUCGAAAAAAAGAGGUCGAUUUUGAAAUAAUUUUCGUGAGUAGCGAUAGGAGUCAAGAUUCUUACGAGACCUACAUAGAAUCAAUGCCUUGGUUGUGCAUCCCCUUUCAGCAAGUUAAAGUCCGCGGGGAGCUCGCUGAAUUAUACGGGAUAAGGGGAAUCCCCACAUUGCUCCUUUUAGACAAUAACGGGCACGUUAUUACGAUGGAAGGGAGAGCCGAAAUCGCGGAAGAUCCACUUGGGUUAAACUUCCCAUGGAAAGCGCGAUCCGUUAAUAUCCUAUCGGAGCGCUAUAUAAGUAGAUUACACGAUUACCCCGCAAUUAUUUUAUUCGUUGACUCGGAAGAAACCGAGGUGCAAUUCGCCGAAACCGUUUUAAACCCAAUCGCGGAGUCUUAUUUCAAGCGGAACAACAUCAACUUGAACACCGUUUACGACGAAUUUUUCCAAGACGACAACUUUUUGCAAUUCUUAAUCGCGCCAGAUUGCGACGCGACCGAUUUGUUGCGCGAUUUGAUCGAUUUAGACGAGGUGGUCCCCCUUUUGAUAGCGCUCGAUCUCCCCGCGAGGAAAUACGCCCCGAUGGAGUAUGGAGUAGAGCUCACCAUUGACUCAAUCACCGAGUUUAUUGAGCGAUUUCAAAGCGGCCAAGUCAAAAUUCGCCGGAUUAGCAACGAAACGGUUAAUAAUUCGACGCAAGGAAACGAAACUCUAUAACUUAAAUAAACUUAAUAAAUAAAACAAAAAUUUAAUAUAUUAAUUGUAU